AUGUACUCCCUGCAACACCCUCAAAUGGAUGAACGGUUCUUAGGAUCCGAAUCAACAGUUGAAGAAGUCAUCAAGUUGCUGGAAAACCUUCGAAAGCCCAAAGAGGAGGAUGAGGAGGACACACCUGAGAAGGAGCCGAACUCAAUGACGGUGACGGAGGACAACUUUAUAAUCACCGAAAAGAAAAAAUCAUCAGCUGCUCCCACAGUUUCCACUGAACCAAAGGAAACUUACUCAAAAGGAAAGUCCAAGCCAAGGACAUUCACCCCAGUGGAUAGGAAAAAAGAUCGAUUUCCUUUUAUGCGACAGGUGGAAAUGGAUCUCGAUCAGCGUUCCAAAGCUCGUUUGGAAAGAGAGCGGGUUGCGCAGAACUUUCGAAAAUUAGGAAAUGCGGAGUAUCGAAGGGGUAACUACGAAACUGCCAUGCAUAUGUAUACCGAGGCCAUCGAGAAUAUUCGGGACAGUCACAUCCUCUACAUAAAUCGCGCUCUCUGCUUUAUCAAAUCGGGCAAAUUCAAACGAGGCAUUGUCGAUUGCGAUUUCGUUCUCAACAAGUUGGACGAGAAGAACCUGAGGGCGUGGAUGUAUCGUGCCAUGGCCUAUAAAGGCCUCAAUGAUGACUCCAAUUUCGAGAAUUGUGUGAAAUAUGCCCGCAAAUUCAAUUCGAAGCAGAUGGAGUUUAUUGAUGAUUUCCUGGAAAAGCUAAAAUAA